CGAUACAAUCUUCUAUCUUCUUCUCUAUCCACAUAGAUUCCACACUUCGGCCAAAAAAAUCGAGGAUGGAGGUCCCAAAAACCCCAUUGCUAAUGAUAAUUAUUGUGGUAGCUUCAUGUUUCUUGCAUGUCAAGGCUUGGCAUGGUCAGACUUAUUGUGGUGGCAAUGCAGCUCCCCGAUGCCAGCUCCGGUACAUCGACUGUCCUGAAGAGUGCCCAACCGAAAUGUUCCCCAACUUUCAGAACAAAAUUUGUUGGGUUGAUUGCUUUAAACCCCUUUGCAUGGCCGUGUGUCGCGCGGUAAAACCCAACUGUGAAUCCUAUGGAUCAAUCUGUCUAGAUCCGAGGUUCAUAGGCGGUGAUGGAAUUGUGUUCUACUUCCAUGGAAAGAGCAAUGAACAUUUUAGUAUUGUCUCGGACCCUGACUUUCAGAUCAAUGCUAGGUUCACUGGUCAUAGACCUGCUGGCCGCACUAGAGACUUUACAUGGAUCCAAGCUCUCGGCUUCCUUUUCAACUCCCACAAAUUUUCCCUUGAGACCAUCAAAGUCGCCACUUGGGACAGCAACCUUGAUCACCUCAAGUUCACUAUCGAUGGCCAAGAUUUGGUUAUCCCUCAAGAAACUCUAUCCACUUGGUACUCAUCCGGCAAAGACAUCAAGAUUGAAAGGUUGACACAAAAGAACAGUGUGAUCGUGACUAUCAAAGACAAAGCUGAGAUCAUGGUCAACGUGGUUCCGGUGACCAAAGAAGAUGAUAGAAUCCACAACUACAAAUUACCUGUAGAUGACUGUUUUGCUCAUCUUGAGGUCCAGUUCAAGUUCAUUAAUCUGUCCCCAAUAGUCGACGGAAUCUUGGGACGCACUUACAGACCCGAUUUCAAGAAUCCGGCUAAACCAGGAGUCGCAAUGCCAGUAGUGGGAGGUGACGAUAACUUCAGGACAUCUUCUCUGCUCUCUCAUGAUUGCAAAACUUGUUUGUUCUCUGAAGAUCCCGCCGUCGCAAGUGGCUCUGUCACGCUCAAAAGUACAUACACAUUGUUAGAUUGCAGCCGUGGCGCAUCUUCCGGGUACGGACUCGUCUGCAGGAAGUAGUUACCAUCCAAACUCAAUUUGCUAAGAAUUACAGAUAAUAAAAGUAUAUUGUUAUGUUUUGUGCAAGGUUACUUUAUAUAUUUGUCAAAAUAAAACAGAUUUUAUAAG